AUGCCUUCUCCAUACAAGACGGCUCUCAUCACUGGCGCCACGUCCGGGACCGGCUAUGCUUUAGCAGAGCGUCUGGUCGCGAACGGUGUCUUUGUUAUUGCAGCAGGUCGCCGCGCAGAUCGCCUGGAGAAAAUCCUCUCCAAGCAUGGAAGCUCAAAAGUUGCCACCGAAGUCUACGAUGUCUCUAAUAUCGACGGCAUGGAAUCAUGGAUCGAAGAGUUAUUCCUCUCCACGCCGACUGCCGUCAUACUCGUGACCUCGGGCCUGGCCAUCGUGUCCAUGUCCCGCUGCGCAGACUACUGCGCCAGCAAAGCCGCACUUCGAUCGCUGACCUGGAGUCUGCGCGCUCAGCUCGCCGAUCGCGGGCCUCACACCGAGAGCAUCCGCGUCAUUGAGAUCGUUCCGCCUGCUGUCAAGACCGAGCUGCAUACGCGGCAGGCGGACAUGGUCGCAGCGGGACGGGCUGGUGUGGGUAUGCCGCUGGAGCAGUUCAUUGACGAGACAUAG